AUGGGAGGAGUGAGUCUUGACCAGUUCUCUUUGCCUGUGUCCUUCAUCAUGUCCAACGAGGACCCAACUAGUGCUGACACCACCGAUCUUUCCUGGGAGGUGAGAGCCAACGACCGUCGUUUUCAUCAACGGCAACAACGAAGGUCUUUCCUUUGCUUCGAAUGGGGGAAAUACGCGGACAAUGCAGUGCGCAGCUACAAGUACACCCCCCUGACCUUCCUGCCCCUCUCUCUGUAUGAGCAGUUCCAGCGCAUUGCCAACGUUUACUUCCUCUUAAUGGUGAUAUUGCAGUGUGUCCCUGCCAUUUCCACGCUACCGUGGUACACCACCAUGCUUCCCCUGCUGACUGUGCUGUCUGUGCGAGGCCUCAAAGACCUGGCUGACGACCUGGCGCGCCGACGGAGCGACUCGCAGAUCAACCAGCGACCAUGUGACCUGCUGACUGCUCAGGGGUUCACCUCGGUGCGGUGGAGGGACGUGUGCGUGGGAGACGUACUGCGGCUCCGCAAGGACCAAAUCGUACCGGCAGAUUUGCUCCUCCUUCGCACAUCCGAGCCCCACAGCCUGUGCUAUGUGGAGACGUCUGACAUUGACGGGGAGACGAACCUCAAAUUCCGCCAAGCACUGGGGAUCACCCACCACGAGCUGAGCUCAGAGCCCGUGGAGCCCACCCUGCUGGCUUUUGAUGCCUGUGUGUGGUGUGAGCAGCCAAACAGCCGCCUGCACUCUUUCAAAGGCGUACUGGAGUGGAAGGGAGUGCGCCACCUACUGGACACAGAUCACAUCCUGCUGAGGGGAACCGUGCUCCGCAACACAGACAUUGCCUAUGGCUUGACCUUAUACACGGGUGCAGACAGUAAGAUCCUACAGAACUGUGGCCGGCUGUCUGUGAAGACCACUCAGAUGGAGAGGAUUCUCAACAGGGUCGUGAUCGGGAUCGUGCUGUUGCUGCUGAUGGUGUCUCUGCUCCUCGCGGUGGGGGCUGGAAUUUUUGAGGCCCAGGUGGCCCCCCGUUUCGAGGUGUUGUCUGCACUGGGCGCAGGCAGAUCUCCAGCCUACAAGGCCUUCCUCACGUUUUGGGGCUAUGUAAUUCUGCUGAGCCCCGCUAUGCCGAUGUCCCUCUAUAUCUCGUUUGAAGUGGUCCACAUGAUUCACAGCCUGUUUAUUGGCUGGGACCUCGAUCUGUAUGAUGCGGGCAGCAAUACGCCAGCCCAGGCCCACAGUACAGCGCUCAACGAGGAGCUGGGCCAGGUGGGCUACCUGCUCAGCGACAAGACUGGGACGCUCACGGAGAAUCGCUUACUCUUCCGCCAGUGCUGCAUCGCUGGUGUCCUCUAUGGUGGCAUACCAGAUGAUGGCAAGAAAUUUGAGCCCCUGGAUCUCAGCUGGAACCCUUUCUCUCGUGGCGGUCUUCAGUUCUCGGACCAGCGGCUGGUGGACAAGCUGCGUGAUCAGGACAGCACUGAGGUCCGGGAAUUCUUCACAGUGCUGGCACUGUGCCACACUGUCAUGGCCGAAUGGAAGGAUGGAACCCCAGUGUAUCAGGCAGCGUCCCCGGACGAGGAGGCCCUAGUGGGGGCGGCACGGGAGAUGGGCUGGGUGUUUCUGUCCAGGACACGGGACUCCCUGACACUCAGUGAACUAAGCCACAUCCGUCAUUACCAGCUUUUGGCACUAUUGGACUUUACCAGUCAGAGGCGCCGCAUGUCAGUUGUUGUGCGAGACCCAGAGGGGGUACUGAAGCUAUACUGUAAAGGCGCAGACAUCGUCAUCCUCGAGAGGCUGCGGCAAGACUGUGCGCAUCGAGAAAGCACCGAGCGAUCGCUGGAGCUCUAUGCGCAGGGUUGCCUGAGGACCCUGUGUGUGGCGGUGCGCUCUGUGUCUGAGGAAUUGUGGGAAGAGUGGAGCCGCGCCCUUGCAAAGGCUGCCAUGAUGACGCAGUGUGGUGCUGUGCUCGACACCCUGUAUGACAGCAUGGAGAGAGAACUGACACUGCUGGGGGUCACAGCCAUUGAAGAUCGCCUGCAAGAAGGGGUCCCUGAGACCAUUGCCACUCUUAAGCAGGCUGGAAUAAAGGUGUGGGUCCUCACUGGUGACAAGCGAGAAACCGCAGUGAACAUUGGCUAUGCUUGCCGACUGCUGGACCCCGACACUCAACUGCUGCAGGGGGAGGAACUGAGGCAACUCUUGCAGCAUCCAGAUCAAGAGGCCAUCCUGGACAACAGCAAAGUGACGGAAAAGAGGAGAAAGCACAGUACGAGCGCUCUGGUCAUCACCGGACCUGAACUGGCACAGUUUGGUGAGCAGCCAGGCUGGGAUGGUCGGUUCAUGGCCCUGUCCAAGCUCUGUCAGUCAGUACUCUGCUGCCGCAUGACGCCCGGCCAGAAGGCCGGAGUGGUCCAGCUUGUUAGGAAACACACCUCAUCGAUUACUAUGGCAAUUGGAGAUGGAGCCAACGAUGUGAACAUGAUUAAGACGGCUCAUGUAGGAGUAGGUCUGAGUGGACUGGAGGGCAGUCAAGCGGUUCAGAAUGCUGACUUCUCACUGGCCAAGUUCCGCUUCCUGCGCAAGCUGCUGCUGGUCCACGGGCGUUGGUCAUACCAGCGAAUCAGUGCUUUCCUGCUCUACUUUCUGUACAAAACAAGUGCCUUUGCUUUGGUGCAUGUCUGGUUUGCGUUCUACAAUGGCUUCAGUGCACAGCCUAUGUAUGAGAACUGGUUCAUCACACUGUACACUGUCAUGUACACAGCCAUCCCUGUGCAGUGCCUGGCUAUUUUGAGCAGAUGAUGACUGUUCUCUGGCAUGCAGGACGUGAGUGCCGAGGGCAGCAUGCGGUGGCCGGCGCUCUACCAGAUGGGGCCCGAGCAGCAGCUCUUCAACUGCCGCCAGCUGGUGGUGACCCUCAUCUACUCCAUCUACACCUCAUUGGUCCUCUUUUUCCUCCCUUUUGGGGUCAUGUGCUUCUCCACCUUUGACUUCCAGGCCUUCGCCGUCAUCGUGGCAACUGCAGCUGUGUUCUCCACAACCACUGAGGUCAGGGAAGAAGGGUCCGGAAAGGUCAUUCUAUAGGAUGUGUGAACAUUUCAGUAAAGACUUCAUACGGUUGAAAAGCCCAAUACGGCACAGCAAAGUAGAACCGAUGUGGGAAAGCAGGUGGCACAGCGAUUCUGACCAUUGUCUUGCAAUCUGAAGGUUCCUGCUUUGAACCCUGCUUC